AUGGUGAAAAUGAAGGGAGAAUCGAUCGAUGUUGAGAAACGAAUGAAUCGUGACUCACCGAGUAUGAAGGAAAAUAUGCAUAAUGACGAUUGCGAUGUCGAAGCGGAAUUGACCAGUCUUUCGUGGUUACAAUCGCUCGACAUUACGAGUGCUUCUAGUUUGCCAACGCCUCCUUGUUCUCCAUCUCCACCACCAGUGACGCGACAACCAAGGAAAAAGCUUUCACCCUUGAUUAAGGCCGAAUUAGAUCUAGCUGCAAAUGCCGACAAAUAUCGAACUGAUCCUGACGCAAAACCGCCAUUUUCAUACGCCACCAUCAUUUGCCUGGCGAUGCGUGCGAAUAAUAACAAAGUGUCUCUCUCAAACAUAUACGCAUGGAUUCGAGAAAAUUUCUUAUUUUACAAAUAUGCCGAUCCUGCUUGGCAGAAUUCAAUUCGACACAACCUAUCGUUGAAUAAAUGUUUCGUCAAAUUACCACGUUCGAAAGAUGAGCCAGGCAAGGGCGGUUUCUGGAAAUUAGAUUUGGAGAGAAUGGAAGAAGGUAGAAAAUCGAAACGGCGGGCAACCAUGUCCCAACGAAUUCGCGGAUCGAAGAAAUUAACGUCUGGAAAAACAACGGUAACGAACGAUGCACAAAGCAAUGGUGCUCCAUCGAUCAAUUGUUCCUCUACCUUGUACGAGACUCCGCCCAGUAGCGUAUCUCCUCCGAUUCCGGAUUGUCUCUCAGAAAUUCCUGACUCUACGCAAGUCAGUUUAAGCGAGGAUGAUCUAACCGGUUUGUUAAUCGCUACCGCCGGUUGGGACGAGAAUCAAUUGGAUCUCUUAGAUUCCCUUCUCGACACCCUGUAAGAAGGUUUUCUGAGCCUCUCCUAUUUAUGCAAAUUCAAACACAUUUACUUACGUUUAACUUCCUCGACUUCUCAUUUACCCGGAACAAAUUGCAGCUCGGCCGAUAAGUAAGUUAUUUGUUUUCUAACUUAACGCGCUCUGAAGAUAAAAACAGAAAAAUUUUUCUUAAAUAGCUACAACAUAGAUGCAACGUUCGUUGUCGAUGUAGAGGAAAUAUUUCAAUUGCAUCCAAAUCGAUCCAAGAUUCGAUACGAGAUUCUACGGAAGAAAAACAAAUUAUUCUUACCGUUUUAUCCCUCGGAAUGCAAGGUUAAAAUAAUAUCGGGACACAAAAUUGUUUAAAGAUUCCUUGAGAAUUAAUAAUUCGAAUGUAAGUUUUUUUUUAGUGAUAUAUUUUUUUUCUAUUAUAUUAGAAGGAGACAGGAAAGGGGAGUAAUUUACUUAUUGACCGACUCACGUAAAUUUCCAAAGCUUUUCCUCGAUGUGAAACGAAUUUAAAUAUAUAUAUAUAUAUAAUAUAUAAAAAACUGGAACCAACUUUACAAAAAUCUGUGUAUUCAAUGAUUUACAAUAUUUGUAAUCCAAUGGAAAUAAUUUCUAAUACAUCAUCUGGAAAAGUUUAAAGUAAAUAUCGUUGUGAAACGUAUCGAUGGCUGAUCGAAAUAAAACUUCGCUACUGUGCAUAGCAUAACGUUGGGAAAAUGAUACAGCAAACCAGGGCACACAGGCAAUGGAAUAAUCCGUUAUUUUAAUCGACAAUGCUGCGCGAUCUUUUGGCCAAUGUGUUUAUUUUUCCGUGUUUAUUUUUUAAUCGAUCGUUGGAAUUGUAGAGAAUAAUCAAU